GGCCGCCGCCCUGAGCGCCUCUUGCGCAGGAGGGGGUGGACGCAUCAAUCUCUUCUUCGUCCGUCCGCAAUGAGAGCCUCAUCUCUGUCCAUGUUCAACCACAGCUGUAUCUAACAGACCCUAGCGAAAUUAUGUCUUCCACCAUUCAAUUCCGCCCCUUUCACUGCCGAUCGCAAACUGUGCCUCCUUUCUCAAGAUACCCAGAGAGCUAUUAUGUCGAAGAAAUCCUUUCAUUCUUUCACAGCACUGACAAGGCUCACUGGGAAGUCAUUUAUGGAAGCCAUCUAUGCGAACUGUAUGUGAAGCCAUGCAUCUUACGCUUUAUUUGUUCCGUCUGCUAUUUUUAAAUGGGUGAAAAGGUCGAAAAAUGGUCGAGGUACACUCAUCUCGUGUAGCUAUCCGAACAUCUGCCAAAUCGGCACAAUCACUCGUUGUCGUUCUCUUCCUCAUCCUAGUCUUAUACAUAUUCUUCUUCGGCAAAGGAAACGGUAAGAACAAGGCAAAACAGUCUUCGAGCAAGGAAAGUCAUCCAGACGCAUCGCUAUCAAAUCAUACAAAGGACAAGGAUCGUAAAAGAAGGAAGCCGAAAGAGAAGUCAGAUGGCCAAACUGCUUCAUCAGCAACAUCAAGCGAUUCAUCGCAGCCGGUCAGGUACGAUGGGAACCGAAAAUUCAAAAAGAAGCGGGACAAAACCAGUUCGAAAUCCAAGAAAUCGAAAAGCGAGAAGACCAAGAGAAUAAAAGAGAAGCCCGAGUGGUUACAACCAUCUUCGCCCCCUCUUCUGUCGCCUAUACCCGAUCUUCGUUCAGCAAGCCCAGCCAAGAGCAUCAUCCGCAAACGAGGCUCCGAUGACUCUCUUCCCCCCUCGCCUAAUACCGCUAAGGGCAAUCGUAUCCACUGGGUAGAUUACGAAGGCCUAUCACCUCAUGAGGUUACAAAACAUGUUCGAAAAUGGGAGGACUAUGUGGGUGUGACAGACCAGACCAGAGAGGGUACCUUUGAAAAUUCCCCAGUAAAGAGGAAGGAAAAGUGGGAAAGCCAUCAAAAAAUCCUCGUUAAUCCGGCGGAGUGGGCCGCGAAAGAGUUACGUAGAAAAGGCAAGCUGGACGAAGGGUUGCUGGACGCCAUGGAGCAAGCGGAAGAGAUAAGUAUGGCAACGCCAAGGGAUUCUCUCUGGGUCAAAGCUCUGCAAGACGAGUGGGACGAACAUCUUGGGCCAGUCCCUGCAGUUGCGAUGGUGAUGGCAAAACGAUUUGGGAAGCAUAUAAGCUUCGAUAACAUCGUUCUGCUUGCAGACACUAUGACUAGACGUGCCAGUAUGGCUCCAUCCCUGGACAAGAAGCGCUCUUAUAGCAAAUUCGUCGAAAGUAUCGGGGUUGAUAAAGAUGAUCCUCUGUACCCAUACAAGCUGGUGCUUGCUUGGUAUUGCGAUACCUUCCGGUGCAAGCAUUACAGCGAGAGGAUGGGUAUAUGUGACGAACCUGUUCAGAUGGCUUCGCAUGAUAAACUUGGACCCGUGGCGCAAAUGCUGGGAUGGAUGGAGUAUCUUGGAAGACUCAACAUGACCCAAAGGCUUUUUGUAGGUCUUGACUUGUCAGGGCUUGCAAUGAGAGCUCAAGCUAUGAGAGAAGGGGAAGGUUACCGCCUCGAUCUGACUGUAUUCUUACCUGGAGGACCUCAGUCUUCCGUUGAUGAUAUUGCUGAAGGUUGGACCGAUAGAAUAGACGAGUCGGCGAAAGCUUUCAGGACCGUCCACCUCGAGCUUGCAAAAAUAUUCGAUAAGACUAAAGACGACAUGAUAUACCGAGACCCAUUCGUCCGCAGAAGGCUGAUAUUCCGACCAGGCUGGACUCUGAAUGGGGUCAAUUCUGCAAACCUAGAUAAACCAAAGCCCGAAGCAAGUGUUGCGCAGCGGCAGCUUGUCACAAGAGUGCCCCGUGUCUUGGAGCUAACUGCUGAUAUUAACGACCGGAUCCCAUCUGCCUUGAGGAAACCUACCCGUAAUGUGCGAAAGGCUUUAUCAAGACUGGCCCCAGGCGAAAUAUGUUUUCAAUCCAUCAGACAGUAUGCCUGGGAUAAAAGUACUAUCACAGCCGAAAACUCUACUUUUAACUCUGUAACUUUCUGGAUCGCUUGGUCUUAUAGCGGCGAGAAGAUUCAAUACAGUAGGAGCACUGACAUUGUGCAAGAUCAGAGAGCACACGAUUUCGUAAGAUCACUUGACCUCGGCGGUUACAUUCCAAUACACAUCGCAGACCCUCACAAAUUUCUUCGCAUUGGCGGAUUUCCAGCUCUCGAAGUUCUGCUCUUGUCCUAUCUGCCAAAGAACCAGGUCGGUGCUACUGUCGAUCUUGUCCUUGAACCUAGUUUCGGCCUGCUGCAAGAGCUAGAGAAAAGUCGUCAAUCAAGUCGUUAUUUUUACGAUCGCCCUUCACGACUGAAACUAUUUGUGUCGGUGACGGAUGCUCAUGCUGCUCAAGGGUUUGUGCUCGAAUUGGACAGGCGCUUAGCUCAGGAAGGCCGUCAGUAUCUUGCCAGUGGCUCUUCGCGUGAACAGACAGUAGAGAUCAUGUCAGAACUAGCUUCAAAGGCCUUGGGAGAGAUUUACUUGGUUGAUGAGAGUAAAUCAGGGGAGAUUGGUGAAGGGAAACUUCCGAAAGGUAUACCCCUCAACUACGAUGUUCGUCGUGCAGUGCAGAUACUACUUGAUCCCAGGGCCACCCAGAGACCUCUGCAGGUAGGAACAAUCCCUGAAAACUUAGAGAACAUUAACAUUACGCCGGCCUCCCCUGAAAGGCAGCCACCCCUUUCAAACAGAGAAAGUUCAACGAUGAUACCACCUCCCGACAGUCCUGUGAUACCGUCGACCCCGUCAACUCCCAUAAUACCGUCACAUUUUCCCCCAAUCCCUGUCAAUAGUAGUAAUGGUCCAUCAACUGAGGUCAAGCAAAGAGAUGUAUUGGAGGAAGAGAGAGAUUCUCCAUUAAGAGAAGUGAGGCCAAACUACCCACCAUCGCCGAGUUUGGAGGACGUGUCACUUGAAAAUCCUUGGCGUUCUGAGUGAGAAAAAUAGAAAUCGACAGGGGGAGAAACAUAAUUGAUUAGGUGAUAAUAGAGUGCCAUAUUCAUAUGGUAGUUGGCCAUGCAGUACUGUGUGUGCGAAACUCUUCAUGAACCGGGGACGUAUCAACCAGUGCGGUGCUGAAUCUAGAAAGUGGUGUUCGAAUGUGAACGAUGAAUUAGAGGACGGGUAAAGAUGGCAUACGAAGAACAUACAUUUCUAUCUUGUAUACGAAGUGGUGUGAAUACUUGACAAUGCUGGGUGGGUUUCUUUCAGAGUCCAAAAUAUAGUAGUCAUUAUCCUUCUCGGGCGUUUUUACCUUCCCG